UAUUUAAUAUCAGUGAACUGUACGCUUAAAAAUGGUUAAAAUGGAAGGCAUCUUUGAGCUUACCAAUUAAACAUCAUGAGCAAAGCUCACCCUCCCAAAUUAAAAAAAGAAUUAUGGACAAGAAGUUAUCGUUGAAAUUAAAUGGUGGCAGAUAUGUCCAAGGAAUGCUGCAGGGAUUUGAUCCCUAUAAGAAUCUUGUAAUAGAUAAAUGUGUGCAGAUGAUAACUAGCAGGCAACAGAACAAUACUGGAAUGGUGGUAAUAGGAGGGAACAGUAUAAUCAUAUUAGAAGUCUUGGAACGAGUAUAAACAAAGGCUGUGUUCACCAGAGAAAUCAACUGCUUCCACUUAUCCCCUCUCCAAAGGAUCCAUUUUACUAUAAUAGAAAAACUGGGUCAUGUACAUUUUCAUAUUGAAAUUCUUUGUUAAAUAAACUUUUGUGAUAGUCAAAAACAGUUGACAUGGCAAA